AUGAGGCGGUCCAGAAUCAGCGGCAGAUCUAAAUCCAACAAUACAGGAUUCGACUGGUACUUCGCCGGCGAGCCAAUGGACAAACGACACUCUCGAAGCAGCCGAAUCAGGCUAGUUCGCUACGUGCCUGAGGGGGAAACUUGUGCCCACAGCCGAUGCCCGUCGCCAUCUCCCAGCCCAGAAACGGCACCUUGCUCCUGCGGCAAUGAAUGCGAGGUUCAUUCCCAUGGAACACGCUCCCCGUCCCCAAGCAAGGCUGACUCCUCUGGUUGUGAGGCAGUCAUGACAUGCUGCGGAGGAUGCCAUGCCAUCAAACGCGAGUCCGGGUCCUCUGGACAGGAGAAAGCCACUUGCUCCUGCAACAAUCGGUGUGAACGCCACUCGCGCGCAACGCGCCCUAUCACGCCGAGCAGCAGUGAACACUCUAGCUUUGAAUCAGCCACAAACCGCUAUGGUGGUCGUCACUCAAGACAGGAGCGUCGGUCCAACAACACACAUCCCACCACGCCGAACAGCAACGAUUUUUCAGACUACGAACCGCCCAGAAGACGCCGCCACGGCCAUCGCUUCUUCCCAACCCGCGAACCAGAGCACCAUCUGCAGGUGGAGAAAUGCCAAUGUGAAUCCCACGCACGCCCUGCCAGCACACCUGCCAUGCCAAGCCAGAGGUACAGCUCCCCGCGUGCGACAUUCGCGACAGCGCCGCCACGCUCUGGUCCAAUGUUCCAAACCCAUCAGUGUCGCAAGGCAUCCUGGUGCGAAAGUCACCCGGAGGCCUGCCGAGCUUCGAUGCCUGCGCCUUCGCCGGUGCCGAUAUCAACGCCAACUCCGUCACGUCACAGCUCGCGUGUCAAAUCAGACCCAAAAUGCACUUGCAGACGGUCUGCUUCUCCUCCCAAGCAGGUGCCUCCCCCAAAGCCAGUGUCUUCUAGGCAUACAUCUCCCGCGCCUAACGUCCAGCGUUGUAGCUGUCUUCUCGAUGGGUACCAUGCCGAUGACUCUGGCUACUAUUAUGACGAUGACUCUGGGUCCGAUAACUCUAUUCAGGCCAUGCCUGAUAACGACAGGGAUGUGGAUGAGACAUUUUGUAUUUAUCAUCACCGUUGUCGUCCGAGAUUUGAGUGUGGUCUUGGCUGGGUGUGCGGGAGGGACUAA